CCCCCAAAAAAAUGUUAUCGUAUUCCAUAUUUCUCUCAUAUUUCGUAAAAUCAUAAAUUCAUAACUAACCCCCGCACUAGAUUUUAUUUUUCUUCUCACACGGCGUCAACAAAUUCUACAAACCCUAAGAGAGAGAAAGGGGAUCCACCGGUUUCUCCACCGACUCGAUGGAGAUCGGACCGGAGACGGCGACCGCGGCGGCUGACAGGUCAUUUUCUGCUGCUGCUGCUGCUGCAGCCUCUUUAGAAACGUCAACGUCGUCGAUCGGUGCUUUUCCGGGCGAGAAUAGUAGCGGCGGCGGUAAUAACAUAAACAACAAUAGCGGUGUUGGCAGGUAUGAUUUGUUGGAUGACGACGACGAGGAUGUUUGCCGGAUCUGCAGAAAUCCUGGCGACGCGGAUAAUCCGCUGCGAUAUCCCUGCGCGUGCAGCGGAAGCAUCAAGUUUGUUCAUCAGGAUUGCCUUCUUCAGUGGCUCAAUCACAGCAACGCUCGUCAGUGCGAGGUUUGCAAACACCCGUUUUCAUUUUCUCCAGUUUAUGCUGAAAAUGCCCCUGCAAGGCUUCCUUUCCAAGAAUUUAUUGUUGGGAUAGCUAUGAAAGCCUGCCAUGUUCUGCAAUUCUUUUUGCGCCUAAGUUUUGUACUUUCUGUUUGGCUUAUCAUUAUUCCGUUCAUUACGUUUUGGAUUUGGCGAUUGGCGUUUGUUAGAAGUUUUGGAGAAGCCCAAAGAUUAUUCUUGAGCCACUUAUCUACAACCGUCAUUCUCACCGACUGUUUGCACGGAUUUCUACUCUCCGCUAGCAUUGUAUUCAUUUUUCUCGGGGCAACUUCCCUGAGAGAUUACUUUAGACAUUUACGAGAGCUUGGUGGGCAAGAUGCUGCCAGAGAAGAUGAAGCAGAUAGAAAUGGAGCUCGUGCUGCAAGAAGGCAAGCAGCUCAAGCCAAUAGAAAUAUUGCUGUUGAUGGUAAUGUUGAGGAUGCUGGUGGAGCUCAAGGAAUUGCAGGUGCUGGUCAGAUGAUCCGUCGGAAUGCAGAAAAUGUUGCAGCUCGGUGGGAGAUGCAAGCAGCUCGGCUUGAGGCCCAGGUUGAGCAGAUGUUUGAUGGUUUGGAUGAUGCUGAUGGUGCUGAGGAUGUACCUUUUGAUGAACUGGUUGGCAUGCAGGGACCUGUGUUUCAUCUGGUUGAAAAUGCAUUCACGGUUCUUGCGAGCAAUAUGAUAUUCCUUGGAGUUGUAAUUUUUGUGCCUUUCUCAUUAGGACGGGUUAUACUAUAUUAUUUGUCAUGGCUUGUGGCUUCUGCCACCUAUCCAGUCUUAUCCACAGUUGUUCCACUUACUGAAUCAGCACUUUCUUUGGCCAAUAUUACACUAAAGAGUGCGUUGACCGCAGUUGUGAAUCUGACCUCCGAUAAUCAGGACAAGAGUUUGCUCGGCCAGGUUGCGGAGUUUUUAGAAGCAAAUGCAACCGGACAAACUGAGCUGUCAAACAACGUUAACUCUACAAUGGCAACUGACAUCUUGAAAGUGCAGUCACUUGGAGCAUCGCGUCUUUCUGAUGUUACAACUCUUGCUGUUGGCUACAUGUUUAUAUUUUCUCUUGUCAUAUUCUACCUUGGGAUUAUUACUUUAAUCCGGUACUCGAGAGGAGAGCCUUUGACAAUGGGAAGGUUCUACGGUAUUGCUUCCAUUGCGGAAACUAUUCCAUCCCUCUUCAGACAGUUUGUGGCAGCUAUGAGACACUUGAUGACUAUGAUCAAAGUUGCUUUCCUUCUGGUCAUUGAGCUUGGGGUUUUUCCUCUGAUGUGUGGGUGGUGGCUGGAUGUUUGUACUAUAAGGAUGUUUGGCAAGUCAAUUUCUCAGAGAGUUGAGUUCUUCUCAGUCUCGCCACUGGCAAGCUCCUUGGUUCAUUGGGUCGUGGGAAUUGUUUACAUGCUGCAGAUAAGUAUCUUCGUCAGCCUUCUCCGAGGGGUUUUGCGUAAUGGGGUUCUCUACUUCCUUCGAGAUCCUGCUGAUCCUAAUUAUAACCCAUUUCGUGAUCUGAUUGAUGACCCUGUGCACAAGCAUGCUCGUAGAGUCUUACUUUCUGUUGCUGUAUACGGAAGUUUGAUAGUUAUGCUAGUAUUUUUGCCAGUUAAACUCGCGAUGCGUAUGGUUCCAUCAAUUUUCCCUCUGGAUAUCUCUGUAUCUGAUCCUUUUACUGAAAUUCCGGCUGACAUGCUUCUCUUUCAAAUAUGCAUUCCGUUUGCUAUUGAGCAUUUCAAAUUACGGCAUACUCUCAAGUCCCUUCUCCGGUACUGGUUCACAGCUGUUGGCUGGGCACUUGGUUUGACAGAUUUUCUACUUCCAAAGCCAGAGGAUAAUGCUGGACAUGAAAAUGGGAAUGGGGAUCAGGGAAGACAUGAUAGAGGACAUGCACCGGCAGUUGGUCAGGAACAAGUUCUAGCUCUUGAUGAUGUGAACAUGGCCAGACAUGUGGUGCCAAAUCCCAAUUCUGCGGAGGAGAUUGAUAUUGAUGAACCAGCUGACCCAGACAGGUGGGCAUUUGUACUCCGAAUUGUGUUACUGUUGGUGGUGGCUUGGAUGACUUUGCUUGUGUUCAACUCCGCUCUGGUAGUUAUACCUAUUUCACUUGGACGAACUCUUUUCAAUGUCCUCCCACUUCUCCCAAUAACUCAUGGCAUCAAAUGCAAUGACCUUUACGCCUUUGUCAUUGGAAGCUAUGUCAUUUGGACUGGGUUGGCUGGAGCAAGAUACUGCGUUGACCUCAUUAGAACAAAGAGAACUAGAUUUCUGCUGAACCAGAUAUGGAAAUGGUGUGGCAUUAUUCUCAAGAGUUUUGCUCUGUUGUCAAUAUGGAUAUUCGUUAUUCCAGUAUUAAUCGGGCUGCUGUUUGAGCUUCUCGUCAUCGUUCCAAUGCGGGUCCCCGUGGAUGAAAGCCCAGUUUUCCUUUUGUAUCAGGAUUGGGCUCUUGGACUAAUCUUUUUGAAGAUCUGGACUAGAAUGGUUAUGUUGGAUCACAUGAUGCCGUUAAUGGACGAGAGCUGGCGACUGAAAUUCGAGAGGGUAAGGGAUGACGGAUUCUCGAGGCUGCAAGGUUUUUGGAUUCUGCGAGAGAUUGUAUUUCCAAUAAUAAUGAAGCUGCUCACCGCACUGUGUGUUCCCUACGUAUUAUCUCGAGGGGUGUUCCCUAUUUUCGGGUACCCAUUGGUGGUGAAUUCAGCUGUCUACCGAUUCGCCUGGUUAGGGUGUCUAAUAUUCAGCGUGGUGUAUUUCUGCGGGAAGCGUUUCCAUGUUUGGUUCACAAAUCUCCAUAAUUCUAUUCGCGAUGACCGUUACUUGAUUGGGCGUAGACUUCAUAAUUAUGGGGAGACCUUAGCGAGGAGGAGUGCCGCUGCUGCUGCAGCAGCAUCUGCAGCAUCUGAGAACCAAGUUUUAAUUGCUGGUGAGAAUCAAAAUAAUUGGGAAGCAGCUGCUGCUGCGGCUGAUGAUGUAGGUAUGAGGCAGAGGCAUGUUGUUGUCAGGCAAGAUGCUUGAAUUUCAUUGUCGGUUCAAAAUGGUCGAUUUUUACUCUUGUUAGUAGGCGUUUGCAGAGAGCUGGUCAAAAAACUAAUGUAAGAAAUAGUUAUUUGUGAAUAUGACUCGUCAAAGUCUUGUAGUGAGAGAACUUAUUUUGACUAGUUCGACUGUGUGAAUGAAGAGGUCACUUGGUGUUGAUAAUUAGUAUUUAGUGUGCUGGAGCCAAUUUCCAAUGAUUCGUAUCUAACAAAGCUGGAUGAAAUUUUAAUUUU